AUGAACGUGAAUCCGUUCCACACGGAACAACCACAGUCUAACGAUAAGACGAUUAGGGAAAAGCUUGCGGAUCUCCACAACGAAAUGACGUCACUUCGACUCGAAUGCGAUCGACUAAUCAAUAAACAUCUUUUGGUGGAAAAAACACUCAGUGAGGGUUGCGUUUUGUGCCCAAAUCCAGACACAUCCAGUGCUUACAACACUGGAGGCGAGAGCUGUCGUUCGGACUCAAUAACACCCGAUGGGACCGUCAAACCACCACAAGAACCUGUUUCAAACGAGCUCGUUACGAUUACAAUGCCACCACGUUCACCACGACUACUACAUCGGUCGAAGAACAUGCUUCCACCUGCAGAAGUCGGUGAAGAGGUUCACCUAGAUUCUCGACUACCGUCAUUAGGAACAAGGAACAAAUUUCGUGAGUUGUAG